UCAUUUCCACGGGGACACCGCGGAGAGCGUGUGGCAGUGGCCGCUGAGAUGCGCAGUGGACGCAAGAAGGCAAGACAGUGACAAGAUUGGGGACACCAGAAGAUGGCGGAGAACCACACAAUACCAAACUCGCCCAUCGAUGCGAUCACGGUCCCGCGGCAGUCGCUGCUGGAUGGCGCUCCGGCCAUGCGGCUCCCGCGCCGAGCCCUCUCGACAACAGUGGCCCUCCCCCUGCGACGGCCGGCCGGGCUCGCCCGCAGCGGCACCGAGGGGAAGGCCAACAGCCAGCGGAUGCAGCCGCAGACAGACUGCGGCCGGGAACUGGUGCUUCGCGCAUCGCGGCGGCACUGGCGGCACGCUGUGCCCCGCAAGCUGAUGGCGGAGGCUCUGAAGAAGCUCGAGUACUUUAGUAGUGGAAGCAUCUUUUUGGAAUGUUUGGUCUUUAGAAGCUCUGCGUGGCGACGCCCCCGUCGCCACGCGUGCCCUCUGCGUGCCUGCGGGGGCGCCGCCACGUACAAGUAUUGGAGACCGAGCAUUUGGGGCGUCGCUACGCACGCCCUCUGCGUGGCUGCGACGAUUUGUUAAAACCCUAAAACCAAUUAAAUUCACUGCUGAAGUAUCUGAGCGGCACGCAAGAUGGCGGCACCACGGAAUCUAAUACUUGGCGCCCGUGUCGCGCAGGAACCAGUCCCCGUCCGAAUGCCGUCGCCAAAAGCAACCUCCGCGAGGAUCUCCAGGAAUGGGGAAGCACUGCCAUUCCCCAGGGUCGUUCUCGCGGAACCAAUCCGUCCUCGGCGAUCAGAACGGUACCACCAAAUCCCAGCAUCGUCACGAUACUUCUGCCAAGCGGCUUCGGGCGAUCCGCCAGCAGCGGCGACCUGGCCUGGCAGUGACUGUGCCGCCUCCUGGUGCCCCUGCUCGUCGGCGCACCGUCCCGCGUCGUCCUCGAGGAACCAGUUGCUGUCGUCCUUGUACCACCAGUAGCCACCCCGAGAGCCCACAGUGAGGCGAAAGCGCUGCCACUCCCCUGGGCUGUCCUCCCGGAACCACUCGUUGUCGUCCUUACAGAGCCCCCCCCCAACAAAAAAGCAUCAUUAUGAGCACCCCGACAAGCGAAGCCGUUUAGCCAACGCGCCCAAACGGAGGAACCGAGCAGGGUAGGGCUGUGUGGUAAAGGCCCAGGGCCGCUUAGCGAGCGCCACUUGCGAGGGUCGGGGUGGUUUUUCCUCCCUCAAGCCUUGUACCACCACAUCGCCCCCUCCCCGUCUCGGUACUUCUGCCAGGGCCUGUCGGGCGCCACGGGCGGUUGCGGCUUCGGCGCAGCGCCGGCCGCAGCGAGGUGACCCGGCAGCCUGUACAGCGCCCUCAGGUGCCCCUCCUCGCCGACGCGGUAGUCGUAGAGGACUCCCAGCGGGCCACCUGGGCGCUGGCUCGCCCCCAGCUCGGCUUCGGACGCGGUCGACCCCGCCGCGGGCCAGGGCCCAGCAGCGCCGGCCUCGGACGCGGCGGCGCCCGGCCGCACCUCCGCUGCAGCUGCAGCGGCGCCCGCGGCCGCUGCGGCCGCGGC